AUGUCAAUCACUCAAUUCAAAUUUAUAUGGUAUAUGGAAUUUAUUCACCGAAUGUGGGGUCGGACGAUCGGUGCUGCUUUUGUUUUCCCAGCAAUCUAUUUUUUCUACAGAGGUUAUUUCUCUUCCGUCAUGAAAUCUCGCGUUUUUAUUUAUGGGGGACUAAUUGGAUUUCAGGGUGUUUUGGGCUGGCUUAUGGUACGCAGUGGUCUCAAAGAACCUAGACGACCGGCAGGUCUCCCACCAAAUGAGAAUUAUAUUGGUGUUCCGCGUGUGGAUCAUUAUUGGCUUUGUGCCCACUUGGUUUCAGCGAUUAUUCUAUAUUCAUUACUUCUGUGGGGUAGCUUUAAUCAUUUAGCUUCCCAUUCUUUAGUUAAAUCAUUCAGCGGCGUCAAACGACUUAAAGCAUAUGGUCAUAUGGGUAAAGCUCUAACGUUUGCAACCAUAAUUUAUGGUGCUUUUGUCGCUGGUCUUGAUGCAGGAUUAAUCUAUAAUUCAUGGCCAAAAAUGGCUGAUAAGUGGAUUCCUGAUGAUUUAAUCGUAUCUCGUUAUGGUUCUACUGUGAGAAACCUUUUGGACAAUCCAACUACAGUUCAAUUUAUUCAUCGAAUGCUAGCUUAUACAACAGUUUUAACCACGGGAUUAUUAUGGGCAAAUGUCAUGCGUUUAGGUGUAGCAUGUACAGGACCACGCAUUAGGAAUGCUGCACACUUGGUUUUGGGUGCUGUGUUAGGACAAUCAUUACUUGGCAUAACAACUUUAUUAUGUUAUGUACCAGUUUCAUUGGGAUCAUUGCAUCAAUGCGGUGGUGUUGUUUUACUUUCAUCCUUACUCUGGUUUACACAUUGUUUACGUGCUGUUCCAAAAUAAAUAGUUGCUAACACUUUUUUAUAUAAAAUAAGCGCAACUUUUUUUCUAUCAUCUCAUUCAUUUUCUAGAGGUUCCAUUAUAACCAUUGUUAAUAUAAUGCACAA